GGAGGGAGGCAGAGAGGGGAAAGUUCGGCUCCGGUAUUAGGUGUUAUAAUCCGGGGGGCGCCUGCUGCCUCUAUUUUUAGUUCUGGGGCAUUUUUACGCACACGCGUCUUUUUACGCGCGGCGCGCACCACGCGCUCUCCGGCGCUUCUGAACAGCUUAAUGGAUUCCAACCAAUGAGAUUAUAUUAAGCAAUUAAUCAAUAACUGUAAAUGCAGUGGGUGCGUGGGCGCGCGUGUUGCGGGGCGCGCGGGAGGGAGGAGCGUGUUUCCGGUGAAAGUGUUUGUGUGGACGCGGUUUAACGGCGCGUUUCGGUUCCGUUCGGACCCGCAGCCUUUGCCAUGUGUCGUCUUCUAUUGUCCUCCGUUACAACAAGCGGCCAGCAGCAGCAGCGUGCGUCGCUCUCCUCCGCCUCCUCUUCAUCACCCUCCUCCUCCUUCUGCGCCCUCCUGUGUUAUUUUAAAUCGAGCAAUGCAUCCUGGGUAUCGCAGUGCUUCUCCCGGGCGUGUCUCGUGACAUGGCAGCAAUGGCAGCCAGGCUGAGGACUACAAUACCCAGAGUUCCCCUGGGGCCACAUCAAAGUAUCAGAUUACAACACAUUAGAGCGGAUGGAGGGGGAGGAGGCAGGGGAGGAUCUGCAGAGGAUCUGCUGGCUAACAGGGCUGAACAAUGUGCAGCUGACCUGAAGGAGAAGAAGCUGGCAGAGGAGAAGGAGAACGGCAAGGAUGCUGCCACCAACGGGAAGGAGAAUGAGGAGAACGGUGAGCCUGAGGUAGACGAGGAGGAGGUGGAUGAGGAGGAAGAGGAAGAAGAGGAGGACGACGGAGAAGGAGAUGAGGAGGAUGAGGAAGAUGAUGAAGACGAGAUCGAGGGCGGCACAAAACGGGCAGCUGACGACGACGACGAGGAUGACGAGGACGACGUCGAAACCAAGAAGCAGAAAACCGACGAUUGAUGCGUUUCUGCGCGGCGCCGACCUGCUGAACCACUUCCUGGUUCUUCACCUCUGACCUCUCUGACACGUCACAGGUGGAGGGGCGGGAGGACUGACCUAAAGGAAAAAAAUAAUAAAAAAACCAACAUGGUCAUUAGCAAGUAGAGUUCAACAAGCAUCACCACGUCCACCCCCUCCCAUCUCCCUGACCUCUGACCUCCAGGCUGCAAGACAAAUUUUCUAGAGGACCCGCCGCCUCGCCCGACGCAGAAAUCUGGCUUCUCUUCAGCAACAACAACCCCAACGGAGAAUUUGUUUGUAUUUUUAUUUACAUUUUAUAUUUUUGUACAUAUUGUUAGGAGAGGGAGGGGGGGGGCAGCUUCUCUCUCGGCAGCGAUCUCGUCAGACCAAAUCGGUGCUUCUUCUGUAACGAAAAGAUUUUACUUGGUUGACCAUGUUACAAUAUCUCAGAUACUAGAAAACCUGUAAAAAACAAAAAAGCUAAAAAAAAAAGAAUAAAAGCUGAAAGGCAACCUGUUAACGCCGCUGAACUCAGAGCAUUCCAGUAAAUUUAAUGUAUGUACUUUAGCUGUACCAUAACUAGUUUGUUUGUAUGGGAGGGUAAGGCCAAAGAGAAGAGCCUCUGUUUCCUUUUGUUCUUUUUUUUUUUCUUUGUCAGCGACAUUUUGUUUUAUGACGGCCUGUUUUGAUGUAUGUGCGAAGUUUGUUGUUUGACAAUAAACCGGACUUUUAUUUUGUGAGUUGUA